AAAGCAAUGCCAAAAACAACAUUAAAUAAAUCAAAAGCCAAAACACACGUCCAGCCGCAAUUCUCUCAAAACGUUUAUUAGCAGCUGAAAAGCCCUCGUGGUAAUUUUCGAUAACAGUUGAUUCAUUGUUGAAAAUUAAACUGAUCGACUCAUCAUCACAGAGCAGCAGCAAGGCGACGACGGUGUUCCCAGAGGCGACACGGAUAAACUAACGCGCACACUCCUUGUGGAAGAGAAAUCAAAUAUUUCUAGCCGAAAUGAGAGUAAUUGCCAGAGGAAACAUGCCUACCGCGGUGUGAUCGCACGAGAAUGAUCUUAGCCGGCGACAGUUGAGAGUUGACCGUGAGACCGUUCGGCCGUAAUUCUUGCGUUCUAGAAGCAAAAAAAUAGCACACACCAGAAAAAGCACCAUAAAAGGUAGUGCAAAAUGACGGACCAAAUAAGCGAUCCGAUCCGGAAGUGUUCGAUAAUACUGAAAGGGGCUAAGAAUGACACAGAGAAGUUUGCCGCCUUGUUCAUGGUGACCAAAUUGAUCAAGGGUAAGGAUUGCAACAAGGCCGGCAAGCGGCUGCUUUUUGAUUCCAUUGGCUUCGAUUUUAUUCGAAGACUGCUAGCUAACAAGGAUGCCCCGGAUGCUUCCGCAUACCAGAGUGUGGCAUUGUCGAUACUGAGCAGUUUUUGCGACGAUGAAGAGCUGGCAACGAACAAGGAUAUGUUGGAGAGUAUUCCGGUUUUCCUCGGAAUUGUAUCCACGUGUGACGACGAAGAGUAUGAUGAUAAUCUGAUCGUGAUCAACGAAGCUUACCAUUGUCUGCAAAGUAUUGCUUCACACGAGGCUGGUCGGUUGGCGCUCAAGGAACAUGGUGUGAUAAAAAAGAUGGCAGAGGUUUACACCCAGCAGAGCUUCCAGAUUGAUGAGGCACUAACGCUGAUUGUGACUUUAGUUAGCCAUUUCGGUCCAGCUUCCUGGGAAGAUGAUCCAACUUUGUUUCACGCAUUGCUACAGCGCGUGUCACUGGACUUUGAAACAGAUCAUGCAGAGCGAAAAUUCGAACUGGCAGAAAUGAUUUCGGUAUUACUAUUUACCUGUAGAAAGGAAUUAAUUUCCAGAACUGUUUCUGGGGAGAUCUGGCCCGAGUGUCUCUAUAAGGGAGUGACCGAUAUUUUGAAAAGUAAAAUUGGAAAAGCUCAACGGGAUCCAACGCUCAAAUUGACGGCGAAUAUACUGGAAGUGUUGGAUAUAGAGUGGACUCUGAAAGAUCAAGAUUGUCCUAAGAAAUUUUUCCUGCUAUUGCUACAACUAGCCGCGAUUGAAGUCCGCAUGCAAAUGGAAAACAAAAGUUUCAACCAGGUACUGGUGCAAGCGGAUUUAAUUACAGCUUGUUUUAUAAUCCUGGAGCUGUCAAUCAACUUCAUGUCUACCGACCAGCUGGAUUUGGAUCAGAAGGAGAAACAGCAGGUCUACACCGGAUUGAAAGGUGCCUUUACUGCAGUGUUGUCCGUGUUCACCAAGCUUUCUAACGAUACAAAGAAAGAUAAGCUACAGAAGAAGGAAAAGGCUUUUGCUUGCGCUAUGAUUCGUGUUUUAAGCGCCUGGAUGGCACAAGAAACUUCCGCUCUAAAAGCACAAGUGUUCAAACUGAUACCGUUCAUCUUUCAAUUGGCGAAUGAAUCUUUCUACGAGUCGCGGGAUCAUCGUGUUAAAGCACGAACAGAACCAACAGUGGAACAGGCUCCGCCAGAUGUUCUUCGUGUAACUCUCCCAGCAAUGUGUCAUCUUGUAGUGGACGAGGAUGCCCGUAAAAUUUUCCUCAAAGAGAAAGAGGAACAGGUUUUGUACGACUGUUUGCUGUUUCACUGGUCCAUUGCUCACUAUAAAAAACCGCCAGUACCACGCGCCGAACGUCUCAAGCGUAUGAAUGAGCCUGAUCCGGAAAUGACAUCGCAACAAUUAGACGAAAUGAAGGACUCAAGAACGGCCAUCGUUUCUCUUUGUAACAUAUUCAUGAACAUUACUGUGCUGGAACCAAAAUUGGUCGAAGAAAGUACUGUUUUUGCUCAACUGCUCCGUUUCAUCUUCGAUAAUUCACCGGAACUGAAAGAUACCACGGAAAAUCUUGUUUUACAUGGCCAUUUGGCCGUUCUAGGGUUGCUUUUGCUCAAGCAGCAAGCAUCGAAAAUAAAAAAGAACGAUUUUUCGAUUUGCCGAUACAUUCAAACAACAAUUCGUUUUUUGUGGGAUGCCUAUAACAUCGAUGAAUCCAACGACCCUCAGGCUUUGGUCGUUUCAUUGGCUUAUAAAGAGUACUGGUUCGAGGUGAUGGAGCUAUGGUUUUUGGGAAUGCAAACCAUGAGUGGCAUUAUUAAACUAAUUCCAUGGAUUUCCGAGUUUGCCGUUGAAUCCGGCUGGGCGGUCGGAAUCAUCGAAACACUCCGCAAGGUGAAGAUCGGAACGUUACCACCGAACGUUAAAUUGGCAUACGAAGAUUUUCUAUCGCAGCUGGUUGACGCCAAUCCCACGGUCGCAGCCGUAUUGAAAAAGGCCGAUGCUCUCAAGGUGUGCCGAAAUCAUCGGUUGAUGGAACUGGGUAAAAAGCUGUUCGGCGAUUAGGAUUUCGAGCUUCCUAGAGUAAUGAUUAUUGAUACAAUUCAUUUGUAUGUUUUGUUUGCUAUCUGGAAAUCUAAUAAAGCAGAAACCUGUAGCGAUUUUUUUUUGGAACGUAUAA